UCCCAGUGAGUUUGGGGGGGUGGGGUUUGGGGGGACGCCAUGUCCUGGGGGUCCGCAACUCCAUAGAGGACCCCAAGAAGGUCAGCGACCCCGACCCCAUAGGGGACCCAAAGAGGUUUGGUGACCCCAACCCUACAGGAGACCCCAAGAGAUUUGGUGACCCCAUAGGGGAUCCCAACCCCAUAGAGAAUCCCAAGAGGGUCAUUGACCCCGACCCCAUAGGGGACCCCAACCCCACAGAGAACCCCAAGAGAUUUGGUGGCCCCAAUGGUGUCCCCAGUGCCAACACUCUGAAGGACCCCAACGCCAUCAAAGACCCCGAUGCCAUUAGAGACCCCGAUGCUACUGAAGACCCCAACCCCGAUUUGGAGGUCGCCAACACCAUGGAGGUACUCAGAAGUUUCAGUGACCCCAAAGCCAACGCUUUGAUGGACCCCAAAGCCCUGGAAGACCCCCACACCAUCAAAGACCCCAAAGCCAUGGAAGACCCCAAAACCCUGGGAGACUCCCAUACCAUCCAAGACCCCAGUGCCACCAAAGACCCCAAAGCCAUGGAAGACCCCCAUGUCAUGGAAGACCCCCACACCAUCAGAGACCCCAAAGCCAUCGAAGACCCCAAAGCUCUGGAAAACCCCAAUGCCAUCAAAGACCCUAAAGCCAUGGAAUACCCCCAUAUCAUGAAAGACCCCCACACCAUCAAAGACCCCAAAGCUGUAGAAGACUCCCCCACCAUCAAAGACCCCAACGCCAUCCAAGACCCCAAUGUCAUGGAAGACCCCAACGCCCUGACAGACCCCAAGAGUUUGGACGACCCCGGUGUUCCCAACGCCGUAGAGAUCCCCAACCCCAUGGACGACCCCCACCCCCCAAGUGCCCCCAUUGCCCCAUGGGACAGGGUGGUCUUCGUGCUGCCAGCCUUCGAGGUGCGCUCAGGGACGCCGAUCCCGGCCACGAAAGCGGAGCUGCUGCACUUAUGGGGUUUGGGAGCAGCUCGACCUUUCUAUGGGGCUCUGUGCCCGCGAUGCCAGGCACCCACCGACUACGGGAGGUGGUGGGGGCUGCCCCCGGGCCCCCGGCUGCGGGUGGCCUACGAGGCCCUGUGGAGGGACCCGUGGGAGCCCUUCUAUGUGGGGCCGGCCCAAGGUGUGCCCCCCUUCGACGAGCGCUUUGUGCAGUACGGCUUCAACCGCAUCAGUCAGGCAUGCGAGCUGCACGUGGCCGGGUUCCGCUUCGCGGUGCUGGACGGCGCCUUCGUGGUUCACCGCGGCUUCAAGGAGGCCGGAGGCUUCCAUGGGGCGAAGGAGGCCGAGCUGACCCACAACCGGCAGCUCUACCGCCGCUUCCGCGCCGAGCUGCGCCAGCGCUACCCCAACUCACCGCGGCGAUGCUGACAGCGUGGGGUGCUGAGCCCUGGGCUGUGGGGCCCGUUGGGGUUGGCCAACUGGGUCUCAUCAGCGUUGGUCCCAGCGACGUUGGUCGUAUGGGUCCUGUUGAUGUUGGUCCCACUGAUGUUGGCCAACUGGGUCCCAUUGGUUCUGGUCCCAUUGGUGUUGGCCAACUGGGUCCCAUUGGUUCUGGUUCCACUGAUGUUGGCCAACUGGGUCCCAUUGGUUCUGGUCCCACUGAUAUUGGCCAACUGGGUCCCACUGGUUCUGGUCCCACUGACGUUGGCCAACUGGGUCCCAUUGGUUCUGGUCCCACUGAUGUUGGCCAACUGGGUCCCAUUGGUUCUGGUCCCGUUGGUGUUGGCCAACUGGGUCCCAUUGGUUCUGGUCCCGUUGGUGUUGGCCAACUGGGUCCCAUUGGUUCUGGUCCCGUUGGUGUUGGCCAACUGGGUCCCAUUGGCUCUGGUCCCGUUGCUGUUGGCCAACUGGGUCCCAUUGGUUCUGGUCCCGUUGCUGUUGGCCAAGUGGAUCCCAUAAAAAUUUGUCCCAUU